AUGAAGGUCCUAUCAUGGAAUGUGAGGGGUCUGGGAAGGAAGGAAAAAAGGAGUAAGAUAAAAAGCAUGUUGAAAGCUAGAGGGGUUGACAUUGUUCUGUUCCAAGAGACAAAGAAAGCAUUUAUGUUAGAAAAGGAGGUAUCCAGCUGUUGUUGUAAUAGAAGAUUUAUUCUUCUAUUAGGUACCCUAUUUUUCUCUUUCGAAUGUGUUAUAAUUAAUUUGUAUGCACCUAAUGAAGUGGCCCUAAGAGGGAAACUUUGGGAGUGUCUCUUGAAGCUAAAAGAGGAGUUUUCAAAUCCCUGGUGCUUGGGGGGUGAUUUUAAUGAAAUCAGAAACAUUGGAGAGAGAAAAGGAUGUUCUAGGAGGGAGAAGGGUAUGAAGGAAUUGAAUGAUUUUAUUCAUAAAAGUGAGGUGAAUGACUUGCCCCUAUUAGGUAGAAGGUACACAUGGUGUAAUGCCAGGGAAGGGGAAAAAUGGAGCAGAAUUGACAGAGUACUAGCAAAACCAAAAUGGUUGGAAUCUUUCAAUAUGAAGUUGUGGGGGUUUCCCAGAGCUAUGUUUGAUCAUAGUCCUUUACUGUUGAUGGAAGAUGAGAGAGAUUGGGGUCCUAGACCAUUUAGGUUCUUAAAUGCAUGGUUACUACACCUAAAUUUCUUACCUUUCAUGGAACAAUGGUGGUUGGAGCAUCAUGUGGAGGGUUAG